GUGGAAACAUGCGUGUCGUUUGGUGUUCUCUGUUCUUUGCUAUCAAUGUAUUCGCGUUUGAUUACGUCAACGUGCCGACCCUGGAGGAGCCAGUCGUGAACGAUGAUAGGAUCGUUGGCGGACAGGAGGCUGAUAUCGUCCACCAUCCCCACCAAGUAGGAUUCAUCCUCAACGGGAGCUAUUUCUGUGGAGGGUUUAUCAUCAGCGAGAACUAUAUCGUGACGGCUGCGCAUUGCACACUGAACGUGGCCCCUUCAUCAAUAACCCUCAGGGCUGGCAGUUCUUAUAGGCAGAAUGGUACUAUAAUACCUAUCGCGGAGGUCUAUACCCAUCCGGAGUACGACAACCCUGAGUUUGACAAGGAUGUGGGAGUCUUGAAGACGGAGUACCCAAUUAACUUUACGAGAACUAUCCAGCCGAUACGCUUGGCUCCUCAAGGGCGACGUAUGAGGGCUAGGACUUACUUUGAGGUCAGCGGUUGGGGUAGAACUCAGGAAGGUGGUCCACUACCCGACCGACUCAUGGAGGUCGUCAUUCCAGUCGUAUCAUAUCAUCAAUGCUUUAUGUCCUACCCUAUGCAAUUGACAAGGAACAUGUUUUGCGGGGGGAACUACGUAAUGGGAGGACAAGGGACGUGCCAGGGUGAUUCGGGUGGAACUGCGGUACAGGAUGGAUUGGCCUGUGGUAUAGUUUCUUUCGGGCGAGGCUGUGGCCGGCCCAUGAACCCUAGUGUCUUUGCCAAUAUAGCUGCCAGGCCUAUAAGGGAAUUUAUCAGAAAUAUUACGAAUCUUUGAUCUUAUUUUAACGGAGUACGUG